AUGGACGAUACAGAGAAGAGACAUGAAGCUGCUGUGAAGAUACAAAGAAGAUGGCGAGCAUAUAUUGAUAUACAAGUUUUCAAGUACUACAAAAGUUUGAUUAACUUCAGAAACCAAGGUCACCCAGCAUUGAUUCUGAGGUGUAUUAACCCCCGUGAGGCUGGACUUAUUGAUGCUGCUUCUGGAAUUAAAGUGCGUUUUCGUUUGGCUGGGCCUGAGUUUCCACCUUGUAUCUAUUACAAAAUCUACACAGUGCGGAAUAUUGUAGAUGUCUGUGCUUGCAGCCCAAAGAAUUAUUGCCAUAAUUCCAACAAAAAGAAAACUGCAAAUUAUAUCAAUAACAAAAUAGGCAAUAACCAAGAAGUGUGUGAUGGUCAGACGAAAUGGUAUAAUCGCACCGAAAAUAAUGGUUGGCGCUUAGUAUCUGAUCGCCUUCUUCAUAAUUAUGGCAAAAACCAACAGACCUGGGAAACUCAAAAAACAAUCAUAUUUCAUCCCAGCAAGCUGAAAAGAAGACAGGAUGUUCAGAAGCAAAGAAAAGCACGGAAAAUUGAAUGGAUGAAAAAAAUGUAUGAAGAUGGACUUCUCCAAUCAAAAAUUAAAGAAAGCCAAUAUGAAGAAUUAGUGAAUGAAGCUGUGACUGGAAUAAUAAACACAACAAACCAAUAUGGACUGGACAAGUUGAGUAGCUGGGAAGUUGAUGAAUUGCUUGACUGGACAGUUAGCCUUAAUUAUGAUGAUUAUGUAAAUGAGUGGAAACAGAUUGGAACAACAAAGAAUUCACAAAACAUUUUAGACAAUUUGUUCUAUUCAAUGAGCACUACCGAUCCUUUUGAAUUGACUUUAUCUUCUGAUCCGACAUCAAACCAUUAA